AUGAAAGGUUUGGUUACAAAAAGGAUAGAAACUGUUACCGAUGCAACAAAAAAUGCCAAUGAACAGAUGUGGUUAGAUAGAGCUCGACGAGUAGAUUCUGAAUAUGUCCUUGGAAUUGAAUUUUCAUCAAGUUUGGCUGGAGAAAUCUACAAAAUACGAAGAGUUCAAAAUAUUAAUCAAUUAAUCAGCCAAAAUGGAAAUUCAAAUUUUAAUCCAAAUAUAAAUUCAAAUGUAUAUCCAAAUGUUAAUCCAAACGGGAAUCCAUAUGUUAAUGCAAAUAUAUAUUCAAAUGGAAAUACAAAUGCAAAUCUUUCAUUAAAUGAUUUAUAUCAACUCCAGUGUAGACGAAAUAAAUAUAUUUAUCAGAAGGAAAUCGUUUAUCGACUCGUGAACUAUAUUGAAAAAGUCGAUGGUCACAAUGAAGAUGCAUUAACUCGUAUAUACGACUCAACUUAUAUUGAUAGUAUUCAAUUGUAUGAUGAAAUUCUUAUUAACAUGACACAAUUAAAUAAAUUUACAUUUAGUAUCAAGACAACAGUUUUUAACAAAAAUAUCGAAAUUGAUCUCCCAUCGAAUGAAGAUAUUCAAUAUAGUUUUAUUGGAAGAGGAUAUCAACAAAUUGGUUCAUACGUCCAGCAAAGAAUAAUGAAGAGAGAAGGAAAAUGUCAUAUCUAUUCACUUCCCUAUGAUUUCGACUGCUUUAUGAAUCUAGAUAAUUCGUUUCAAGGUGGCAUGUUUCGUAAAGUUCGAUAUUUGAUGAUGGUUGAUAAUUCUCCUUUUGAGCAUAAAUUAUUGACACUUAUUUCUAAAGAUUUACCGUUCCUCGAAUUCGGUAUACCGACAUUUGGGCGCAACGAUAGUUGA